AGGCUUCUGAUAAAAUAUAGCUCUAGCGUGGACUCUAUAGAUCGUAGUGGCUAUAGCACGAUCCUAUACGUAGUCGAUAGUCACGAUAACAGAGCCGUCCGUAUCCUCCUCGAAGCCGGCGCGGACCCUAACCCCAAAGUGCCGGAGGGUCUAUUCCGCAGCAGCCCGCUAAAGGCGGCUAGCUUUAGCGGCCGGGCCGAGAUAGUCAAGCUACUCCUCCACUAUAGGGCUGAAAUCAACGCGUGCAAUCCAGAGGGCUACCCGGCGUUGUAUAUAGCAGUUAUCACUCAGAACAUCGACUAUACGCGUAUAUUGCUUGAAUCGGGCGCCAGCUUAGAGGACGUGGCGCACAACGGACGGACUCCGCUCACGCUAGCUAUUAUCCAUAACAGCCACGCGAUACUAGAGCUAUUAGUCGAGCAUGUCACUACCGCCCACGUAGAAGGGCCCUAG